CUACCAACCAAUAUAAUCUUGUCUUAAUUGUUAAGAGCAGCUUCAAUUCGUUCUAGCAGCCAUGAAAGUUGAAGUUGUGAGCAAAGAAAUGGUGAGGCCAUCUUCUCCCACUCCUGAAAGUCUCAAGACUUACAAACUCUCUUUUAUGGAUCAACUAGCUUUUAACGUCAGGAUUCCAUUCGUCUUCUUCUACGACUCCUCCGGAGAUGAUCAUACCAAUAAUACCAUUGAUGAGCUCAAGAAAUCACUCUCCAAAACCCUGUCUUUAAUGUACCCGCUGGCGGGGAGGGCGAAGGAGGAUAGGUUAACAGUGGAAUGUAACGACGAAGGCGUGGAGUUUAUUGUGGCUGAUGUUGCUGAAAACAUGUGUUGUUUACUGGACAACCCUGAAAUGGAGAAAAUUAGGCAGCUGAGUCCUUCUGCAAAGGUUUACGAGCCCCAACCGGUAGGAAAGGUUUUGGUGGCGAUUCAGGUGAACCGGUUUAGCUGCGGGGGAAUAGCUAUUGGGUUUUUCGUUUCACACGCCAUUUUGGAUGGUUCCACACUUGCCAAAUUCUUGGAAACCUGGGCAUCUUUCAAUCGCGGCUGUGCUGUGAAUAAUGGAGGGAGUGGAUUCAUUUCCAGUUCCAAUAAUCACUCUACCAUCUUAUUCCCUCCUUUGACGGAUACUUCUGCCCUUGAACGAUCAGUGAAGAUGGCCGCAGAGGCAGUCCAGCAGGAAGAGAAACACUUGGUUGUUAAAAGGUUCCUCAUUCCUGCCAACGCCAUAGCCCAACUCAGAGAAGAAUUAAUAUGUAAGGAAAACAACAAGGGGUUUCAACGCCCGUCUCGCACGGAGGCGAUAACGGCGUUAGUAUGGGCGGCUGUGAUAAACGCUACUCCUCCUACUCAAACUGUCACGUUAUCCUGCAUGGUGGACCUGCGGAGCAGGAUGGAGCCGCCGCUGCCCCCAAACUGUCUAGGGAACUUGACCUACGGAGCCACCGUUCACUGCGCCGCGAAAGACGGCACCGUCGUAACCGCCGCUCAAUUAGUGCAGAGGAUUCGCGAUUCUCUCCGAGCAGUUAACGACGGAGCGGCGAGGAAGGUGUACGGCGAAGGCGGGUUGUUGCGUGCGGUGUUUGCCAGAGGCGAUGAAAUGGUGCGCAACAAAGAUUCUUCAACUUUGUACACAAGCAGUCUGUGUAGAAUGCCGUAUUACGAAAUUGAUUUUGGGUGGGGGAAGCCAAGACUGGUGGUGAAUAUGGUGAAGAAUUCUAUGGUGCUUUUCUUAGACGCCAUUAAUGGAGGAGUAGAAGUGUGGAUGGGAUUGCCUAAGCAACUUAUGCACACAUUAACGCAAGACCACCACUUUCUUGCCUAUGUUUCUGGCUUUCCUAAACCAAAGCUAUGAAUGAUUUUGGGUACUCCCCUCCUGCCCAGUUGACAUCUCUAGUAACAAUAAUGUCUAAUUUA